UGGCCCUCUCUCUCUCUCUCUCUCUCUCUCUCUCUCUUCAACUUUUGAAAACAAACAAGACAAAAACAAUUAGCGCCGCCCUUCACCGCCCAUAAAUUAACCCACACCGGUUCCAAUAUUUUGUCUCUCUCUCUCUCUCUCCAUAACCGUCCAUAGCUUUUGAUAUCUCUCUCUCUCUCUCUCUCUCUCACUCACCAACUAAACACAAAAUAAAAAACCCAUUUCAUUUCUGUUUCUCAUUCAAAAAUACCAAACUCACACAACACACACAUAUUUGAAAGCACAACAGCACGUACAUACAUACAUACUUCUUCGCCAAGUCUCCUAUUCCUACAAUCCAUACUAUCUUCCUCAAUCUACAAAAAGCCCAUCAUCCCAUUUCAUACUUCAUUGAAUAUAGUAACACCCAAUUCUCCAAUUUUCGAUUUGCUUUAAUAUCAGCCAAACCUUACUUUACAUUGUGUUUAAUUGGUACAGAUUCUUAGUCAUUUGGGUUCUUCUUUUUCCUUUGUUUCCAAUAUAUAAGUACAUCAAUAUCUUCAUCUUUUUUUUUUUUUUUUUUUGGUUCCAAAUUAAAGCAUACAAUUCUUGGGAUUCUCUUUUUCUUAAAUCAUCUACUGUUUCUUUUUCAACUCUAAGUCCGUACACUCCGUACAAAUAUACACGUUCCUGCAUGGAAAAAAGAGCAACCUCAAAUCUUUAACCUCUUUUCUCUUUAAAAUUUAGUCUAGUUUGCAAAAAUCACUCUUAGCCUUUGAUUUUUUUUUCCUUAACAAAGUUACAGUUUCUUUCUUUGUUUUUCUGAUAUGGAAUAUAGCAACGUUGUUAAUCAAAGUUUGUUACCGUCAACCGAAGAAAUUUCAAACACACGUGAUUCAUCUCCACAUGGGUUUUCGGAGAUUUCAUCCUCGUACACUUCAGCCUCGUCGGAAAAACUAAAUUCCGACGACAUGGGUGUCGAGGAUUCACUCUCCGAGACCCUCUCCGAUGAAGAAGAACCGUCGGUUUCCGACAGCGAGAGCGCCGUGUCCUGCGCCAGUUACGAGCAGUUUCGUCUGUUCGACGAAGGUUUGGGAUUGGUAAAGCUUGACGAAGGCGAAAAGGUUUACGACAUCAUCAAGAGAAAAUUCAUGAUGAGUUUUGAGAGGCUUGGAGUGCAAGCAAGCGUGGUGAGCAUUCACAAGCAUGUUUACUUGGGCGUGAAGGAACAAGCGAGGUUGAAUUCGUUUCAGAUUUACGCUAAGGCGGUUGAGAACAAAUGUGGUGGCAAUGCCAGCAUCAAAUAUAGUUGGUUUGGUGGUUCUAAAGAAGACAUAACGAAGAUUGUUUCGUAUGGAUUUGGUCUUCAUGAAAUGUCUCAAAACAAUGGAUUAUAUGGCUCUGGUGUUUAUCUUACUCCGGAUUCUUCUCCUUUAGAAAGUGCGUGCAAUUCGCCGGUUGAUAAGGAUGGUCUAAGACAUCUUUUGUUGACUCGAGUUAUAAUGGGGAAAUCAGAGGUUGUACCGAUUGGUUCUGAGCAGUGUCAGCCUAGUUCUGAAGAAUUUGAUUCGGGAAUGGACAAUCUUCAGACCCCUACAAAGUAUAUUGUUUGGAGCACCCACAUGAACACCCAUACCUUGCCUGAGUACAUUGUCAGUUUCAGAGCUCCCCCUAGCUUAGCAGUAUUUGUAAGAACUAAAAGGCAGCCAUGUGAACCAACUUCACCUUGGAUGCCAUUUCCAGUUCUAAUUUCAGAACUCUCAAAGUUCUUACCUCCACAAUCUGUUUCCUUGAUCCGCAAGCAUCAUGAAGCUCAUAAAGAGAGGAAGCUUUCAAGAAAUGAACUGAUACAACGAUUAAGACAUCUAGCAGGAGAUAGGCUGUUGAUUGCAAUUAUCAAGUCAUUCAGAACCAAGAGAAUUCGCUGGAAUAAAGAGGAGGUGGCGUCUGGAUAUUAAAAUUUGAUUCUGAUUGGACCACACAGAAGCAACUUAAGGCUCGCACAGGCCUUAAAUAGGUAGUUGGCUUGAAGUGAAUCGUGGAUGGGAGUAAUAAAUAUCAUAAUCAGAGCACACAGACAGUGCAGAAGAAUCAAUUUUGCGUGGAGGAAAAUAGGGCAGUUGUGAGUUGCUGUCAAGAAUCAGAAUGAUUGAGAAUGCAAAUUAUGUUGACAUGUUCAGUUUAUGGAAAUGGAUGGUGAGGAACCUAGCUAGCAGAGAUGCCAGAGGGGAUAAGUAGAAUUUUCUCAUUGUUUUUGGUGUAUAUUGAUAGUAUAAUCUUAGCUAUUAGUUUUUACCUAAUGGACUCCUUUUUUCUGUUGUAAUCACAUGGUUGCUUUAUCAAUGGAAAUGAUAUUGUGAGCUGUUUUUGACCUCAA